AUGGCCGAUGCUGCAUCCCGAAUUUCGCUCUCCAAUGCUAGCGCGGCACAAUGGAACAGAGAUCUGAUGCUGGAAUUCCAGGCCGCGUUGGAGAAGAAUCCAACAGCGGACCUGAUGUCAAUAUUCCCUGACUCAUAUCUCCAUGAACAUCGAAAAGCUCGAUACCGUCAGUUAUCUUACGCUGCAGAUAUCAAUUUUCGGGUAUUAGACCGGCUCUAUGACACUCUGAGGUACGAACCAGAAGUCGAUCUGCUAUCUGCGUUCCCCAAAAACUAUUCUCGAAGAAUUAAAAUGGCGCUUGGACCAAAGUUUGUGCAAGGCAUUGAACAAGAGAAUGAGACAAACGGUCCUCCCGAGUUCCGAACGCGUCUGGAUCUUGCACAAACUGCUACAGUAGUCUAUCCUUUAUCAGAAGAGGUGAACGCUUUGCUUGCACGGUGUUCAAAAGGAUGGCUAGACAACGAGUCGAUCAACGCAGAGAAAUCUCUUAUUUUAUCCUUGAAACAACUUCUCUGGCAUUCGCCAAAACUCUGGGAGAACCCUGUCAGAGGCGUGGUGGUUAAAUGCAACGAGGACAUUGUUGCCAAAGUCGUGACAGGAAACAACGACUACACAGAGUACACAAGCAUGCAAUACCUUAUGAAGUGGGCGCCCGAUAUUCCUGCGCCGAGACCCCAUGGACUGGUAGCAUUUGGCCCUUUUCGCGUCAUAUUCAUGUCGUACAUCCCAGGCACAACUUUGACCCAAGCAUGGCCUAAUCUAUUACAUGAAGAGAAGCUCUCGAUACGACGCCAGCUGGAUGAGAUUUUCUGUCGUCUGAGGACUCUUCGACAGGACGAUGGUAAUGCGCUUGGUGGCGUUUGUGGAGAAGGGGCCAAAGAGUUCCGUGUUGACGAAUGCGCCCUAUUCAAAGGCAUUACAACGACCAAGGGGUUCAACGACCUGCAAUUCUCUGCUCGUCACUAUGGUAGCGCUACUUAUGUUCGGCUCCUUCGCUAUUUGCUGGAGCAUGACACUUCCACCUUGGAGCACGGAUCAGUUUUCACACACGGGGAUGUCAGAACAGCCAAUAUUAUGGUGAAACAGGAUCCCGGCUCCAGCGACCAAUAUGUUGUUACCGGGAUCAUUGACUGGGAAGAUAGUGGUUUCUAUCCUCUUUACUACGAAUGCACUGCAUUGACACGUACUCUGAGUCUGGUGGAAGAGGAUGACUGGUAUCUUUAUCUUCCAGAGAGCAUCUCACCAUCGAAGUUUCCCGUGCGUUGGCUGGUGGAUCGACUUUGGCAGAUUCAUCUCAAGACUACAUAG